AAAUCCGAAACGCAAGUCGAUGACCUCCUCUCUCUCACAGAUCUAAAAACCAGAAGCGAGAGAAACAAAUUCACUCUCCCCUUAUAUAAGCACCGAUUUAUAAAUCUUUUUCCCUCUUCGAUUCUCAAUUCUUUGUAUAAAAGGCUUCUCCUUUUCUCAAUUCUUCGGCUUCCUUUCGCCCAAACUCUUCCCUCGAAUCUUUCCUUCUCGUCUUAAAGCUACGAAACCCUAGAUUUCGGAUUUCUUCGCUAUCCAAAGAAGAAUGACUGAUCAAGGAUUGGAAGGGAGUAAUCCAGUUGAUCUUAGCAAGCAUCCUUCAGGGAUUGUUCCUACUCUUCAAAACAUUGUCUCCACGGUGAACUUAGACUGCAAGCUAGAUCUUAAAGCCAUAGCUUUGCAGGCUCGGAAUGCUGAAUAUAAUCCCAAGCGUUUUGCUGCGGUGAUAAUGAGGAUCAGAGAACCGAAGACUACAGCAUUAAUAUUCGCCUCAGGGAAAAUGGUCUGUACUGGAGCUAAGAGCGAGGACUUUUCGAAGAUGGCUGCUAGAAAGUAUGCUAGGAUUGUGCAGAAAUUGGGAUUCCCUGCAAAAUUCAAGGAUUUCAAGAUUCAGAAUAUUGUAGGUUCUUGUGAUGUCAAAUUCCCUAUAAGACUUGAAGGUCUUGCUUACUCUCACGCUGCUUUCUCAAGUUAUGAGCCCGAGCUCUUCCCAGGGCUGAUUUAUAGGAUGAAAGUCCCAAAAAUCGUCCUUCUAAUCUUUGUCUCUGGGAAGAUCGUAAUAACAGGAGCCAAGGUAAUAUCUCACUUCUCUUUAGGUUUUGUGAUAAUACUUGUUAUGUCUCUCUCUAGUCUCUAGCUCUUCUGUCACCUGAAAAAAUCCUGAGAUCACUCAUUAUCAGAUGAGAGAUGAGACCUACAAAGCCUUUGAGAAUAUAUACCCCGUGCUCUCGGAAUUCAGAAAGAUACAGCAAUAGGUCACGGAUUUGUUCCCUGCAAAACUAGUUGUGCGGUCUUAGCCCCUUGGAGUUGCUAAAGCUUGCUGAGAAUUUUGCCCUUGAACAAAGGCUUUCACAGUAGCUAGACUCUCACCUUGUGUUUUGGUUCAUAAUAUAACAUUGUAUAUACACAAUGGAGAUUCUAAAGACAAUUCUUCGGUUCUAUUUUUUUUCUUUUUCUUUCCAAGAUAUGUCUUACAUGUAUGUUGCUGUAGUGUCCUCACAUUUCCACUUAUGUUACAAGUAGAACCUUAACUCAGUGUGUAGCCCUAAAGUCUUGUUUAUCAUAGAGAUUGGCCAAGAUUGUGAACAAAGAUGGAGAGUUUCAAGAUCA